AUGAGCGAUCGGUUCGACUGCAAGAACUGCCACGAGUCCCUCUACGGACGCAAGUACAUCCAGGUGGAGGACAACCCCCACUGCAUCCCGUGCUAUGAUCACCUGUACGCCAAUACGUGCCAGGAAUGUAAAGAAAUAAUCACUCAUAAUUCUAAGAUGACACUAGAAGAGAACGAUCACAAACAUUUCCGUCUCUCCUCUGUUGCAGGAUCCAAAAUGUUGGAGUAUAGCGGCUCCACAUGGCACGAGGACUGCUUCGUGUGUCACGGCUGCGAGAAGCCCAUCGGCGCCGAGGCCUUCAUCCCAGCCGAAAACAAUUACUACUGUGUGCCGUGCUACGAGGGCAGGCUUGCUCCUCGGUGCAGCCACUGCAAUAAGGCUCUGACUAAAGGAGGGGUGACCUACAGGGACGAGGUGUGGCACAAAGAGUGCUUCGUCUGCACGGGCUGCAAAACCACUCUGGCCGGCCAACCUUUCACCUCCGAGGGGGAAAAUCCUUACUGUGUCAAGUGCUUCAGCAGCCUCUAUGCCAAAAAAUGCGCCGGCUGCAACACGGCCGCAUUGAAAUGUGUUUUUGACCUGCAGGCUCUGACUAAAGGAGGGGUGACCUACAGGGACGAGGUGUGGCACAAAGAGUGCUUCGUCUGCACGGGCUGCAAAACCACUCUGGCCGGCCAACCUUUCACCUCCGAGGGGGAAAAUCCUUACUGUGUCAAGUGCUUCAGCAGCCUCUAUGCCAAAAAAUGCGCCGGCUGCAACACGGCCAUCACAGGGUUCGGCGAUGGCAAAUACAUUUCUUUCGAAGAGCGACAGUGGCACCAGCCCUGCUUCAAGUGCUCCCGGUGCUCCGUGUCAUUGGUCGGCUCCGGCUUCUUUCCGGACCGUGACCAGAUUCUGUGUACGGACUGCAACAAUGACGACUGAUUGAACCACAAAAGUUCCAAAAUUUCAGCGGUGCACAUGAACACUGCAAAUGCCCCAGUUCGUUCACUCGUAGCUUAUCCAACUCCUUGGGCAUAACAUGUAUUUGAUCAUUGAACCCGUCAUUAUAAUGAAUGUCAUAUAUGUAAUCAAAUAGUUUAACUCCAUCCCUUCUGUCAUAUUACUUCUUAGACUCAUAUGAGACUGAGCUCCUCCCACUCUGCUUCCCAAGAAUAGCACUCCCAUGCGAAUGGACUCUUACAAUUACCCCAGUAAACCGUAAAAAUAUUUACAGUUCAGCACCCCUGUUCCGAGCAUGCUUACAUAAUCAUGACCUCAUGAUGU